AUGAUGAUGAUGAUGAUGAUGAUGGAGCAGUCAGAGCGAUCUGCCCAGGUGUGUGUGGGAGAUUCAUAGAUGCACACCCGUUGAAACAGCUCGGCAGGUCCACUAACACACCAACCUGACCCGCCGGAUACCAGACGUCGACUGUUUCCCGCUGAUGAUGGAUAUUUGAUUCAGCUUACAGAAGUACGGGCGCUUGAGAUGCAGGCCAUCAUUGAUCCAGUGCAUUGGUCUUUGGGACUUUAGUCCUGGACAGAGAGAUCCUCCUGACUGAGGAAGAGACUGCCACAGGAUAGAGAUGGAGCGUUACAUGGGAGAAAGCGCUGGCACUCCAGCCAAUGCCACCAACACCACCACCACCCCAGGAGCGGCCUUCCACAUUGAGCUGAUGAUGGAACGGUUGGCUGUGGUGAUUCUGCUGGCACUGGUGACUCUGCUCACAGCUGUGGUGAAUGGGGCUGUCAUCGCGGCCAUCUGUACCACCAGGAAGCUCCACCUCCCUGCAAACUACCUCAUCUGCUCCCUGGCCGUCACCGACUUCCUGGUGGCCAUGCUGGUCAUGCCCAUCAGCAUUCUCUACAUCACCACCAAAACGUGGUCACUGGGGCAGUUUGUGUGUGAGGCAUGGCUCAGUGUCGACAUGACCUGCUGCACAUGCUCCAUCCUGCACCUUUGUGUGAUCGCGCUGGACCGCUACUGGGCCAUCACUAAAGCCAUCGAGUAUGUCCGCAAGAGGACGGCCCGGCGUGCCUGUGUCAUGGUGGCCACCGUCUGGGUGAUUUCCAUCUUCAUCUCCAUACCACCUCUGUUUUGGAGGCAGCGCAAGGACAGGACAGGCCUACAGCAGUGCACCAUCGAGCACGACCACGUGGGCUACACCAUCUACUCCACGUUCGGUGCUUUCUACAUUCCCAUGACUCUCAUACUAAUCCUUUACUCCCGGAUUUACAGUGCCGCCAAGACGCUCUACCAGAAACGCGGCUCUUCACGCCACCUCAGCAGCCGCAGCACAGACAGCACCAACUCGCAGAACCACUGCCGGGUCACACACGCCUUCUGCAUCUCAGACGUGUCCAACUCUGACAACACUGUGGAGUUUGACCACAACCACUCCACCGUCCGUGUCCCGGCACUUGAUAUGGAGACGCCAGAAUUGGAUGAGAGGAACCAGAUCUGUACAUCUCGGGAGAGGAAGGCAGCUCGGAUUUUGGGGCUCAUCCUGGGAGCCUUUAUCUUUUGCUGGUUCCCAUUCUUCCUGAAAGAGCUGCUGGUGGGCCUGAAUGUGCUGAAGCCCUCACGUCAUGUGUCAGAUGCCCUCACCUGGUUGGGCUACAUCAACUCGCUCAUUAACCCGCUAUUGUAUACCAGCUUCAAUGAGGACUUUAAGCAGGCUUUUAAGAGACUGAUCAGGCGUAAAGAGCACACAUAGAUGCUUCUGUACAUGGGAACCUGCUUCAGUGGGAUCAGGACAUUCUGGAACUCCAUUUGAGUUGGGUUUGUACAUCUCAAAUUCUAACAGCAGUAUGGAAAACAAAAGACACAGUGUACUCUUGGAAGAGCUGAUCACAUUUUUUUUUUUAAUAAAUUCAUUAAAUUCAGUGUAAAUUCAUUUGAUUUUAUAAAAUCAAAUGAAAAUACACUGUCUGUUUUUCUAAAGCACAUCAUCAUCUGAUUAUUGAGCAAUGACAUAAAAUGGCUUGACAAGCGGACCAGUGUACUUCCUGUUCAAACAAGAGAUUUAGGUGGGACACAUCCAGAGAGCUUGUCUUGAGCUUAUGUAACCAAUAGGCUUCAGUGGUGGAGAUAUUUCCACACUAGGGAAUGUCUGAUUGGUUAAAAUCAGUUGUUACAACCCUGAUAAAAACUAACGAUACAGGAGUUUACUUUUAGAA